CCCACUUGUUUUCAUUUCCCUCCAUAUUAGACUUAUUGGUGCUCUCUCUCUCUCCUUCUCUGCACUACUUUAAUUUUUGGAUUUUCUUGUUUUCUCCCUUUGUAAUCUGUCCAAAGUUUCAAUCUUUUUCAAAUUCCCAUUACGUAUUCCCUGAAUCUCUUCUAUUCUCUUCACAUUUCCUCCCCUUUAUCCAUCUUCCCUUUCUAUUCUGUACACAUUCCUCAAAUCGUCUCUGUUUUGUGUUUUGGUUAUCUGAAAUUCCAUCGAAAGCUAAAGAAGGUUCUAAACAUCAAUGAAGAAGGUAGUGUUGAAGCUGGAUUUGCAUGAUGACAAAGCCAAGCAAAAGGCUUUAAAGACCGUCUCAACUCUUUCAGGAAUCGAUUCCAUCGCCAUGGAUAUGAAAGCGAAGCAAUUAACAGUGACCGGCACAGUUGACCCCGUGAACGUGGUGAGCAAAUUGCGCAAGUACUGGCCAACCGACAUAGUGUCAGUAGGACCAGCAAAAAAACCGGAGAAGAAAGAGGAGCCGAAAAAGGAAGAAGCGAAGAAAGAAGGGAGAAAAGAAGGAAGGAGAAAAGAAAGAGGAGAGAAAAGAAGGGGAGAGAAGAAGGAAGAAGGGAAGAAGGAGGAAGAGAAGAAGGCACAGCCUCCCCCAGACCCUGUUUUGGAGCUUGUCAAGGCUUACAGAGCGUACAAUCCUCAUAUGACCUCUUAUUACUAUGUUCAAAGCAUGGAAGAGAACCCUAAUGCUUGUGUUAUUUGUUGAGUGAACUUGAAGGGGGAAGCAAAAGAUAGCUUUCUCUCAAGUUGGUGCUGCAAUUGAAUGCCAUCAAUGAGCAUAUAUAGGAACAACAUAUAUAUAUAUAUAUAGAUGGUGAUAUGCCUUCCUAAAUCUUUUUUUGUUUUGUUUAUCAUGUAUAAGUAAUGUGUUGUGUGUAGAGAGACUAGAUUGAAUAAAUGAAAUUUUGGAAUCUGUUU